AUGGCGGCCGUAGUCUUGGCCUUUGUACUGUGUUGGCUCCCGUUCCAUAUCGGCCGAAUCCUCUUCGCCCAGACUGAAAUCAUCCUGUAUGACCUCACGCAGUAUUUCAACCUCCUCUCCAUGCUUCUCUUCUACCUUGGGGCUUCUAUAAACCCAAUACUUUACAAUGUCAUGUCACAGAAAUAUAGAAGAGCAAUGACCAAAAUCCUGCACCACAAGCAAACUUGGCACUGCAGGAGCCUGACCAGGAGUGAAAAGGUUUCUUCAGAAAGUGCAGAACUCGGUUCUUUCCUCUAA